AUGUCGUGGAACGGAAUCGCCCGGAUCCCCCGGGCCGUGCUCCAAAUCAAAGGCAUAGAUGCCUCCAAGUUCCUCAAUGGACUCAUCACAACCAGGCUUUUGCCCAACGUGGUCAAGAAAAAGCAACAUACCAUCAGCGACAACGAAAACAGACAUUUGGAGCUCCAGGAGGUUAUAGACCCGCAGAAGAACUGGGGACUCAUGCAUGAGGACAUUUACGACCCCGAGUUCAAUAUUUUUGUAAGAAGAGACGGUGUUUCGUCGAUGUUUCUCAAUUCCAAGGGCAGAGUGGUCAAUGACUGUUUUGUGUAUGCCAAUCCGUACCAUACACUUACCGAAGCGUUCAGGGAGACGAUUAAGGAGCCUAAUUUUUUGGUAGAAGUCGAUCCGAAGUACGCCUCGGCGCUCCAGUCGCUUCUCCGGAUCCAUAAGCUCAGUGCUAGAGUGAAGAUAGAGCCUGUGAAGAGUGUGUUUUCGUAUUACUACUAUAACGAGACGCCCGAGUUUGAGGAGUGGCUUGAGGAGUUCCAGAUGAAUUACUUGACGACAGGAGACCCAGAGGGAGCGUUGGAAAAUGCCAAUAAGGUGGUUGAAGAGGAAUUGAUCUUCAAUAAGAAGUUUGCACCCAAUGUGGCUGGAUUCGCUAUAGAUAACCGGAUUCCGAACUUUGGACUUAAGAUCCUUACGACCGAGGAGGCCACGGACCCGGCAGAGAUCUUUUCUGAGUCGUUUAAGGCGCUUUUUGACGUUAAGGAAGUGCUGCCGCAUUCCAUCACCGAUAGAAGGUACGUGAACGGUCUUUUUGAGACAUCUGAUGCGCCUGCUGGCAUGUCUCUUUUGCCGUUUGAGUGUAAUUUGGACUAUAUCAACGGCUUGAGUCUUGAAAAGGGAUGUUACGUGGGCCAGGAACUCACCAUUAGAACGUAUAAUGGAGGAGUGAUCAGGAAACGGGUUGUGCCUCUUUCGUUCACGGGAGAUGAAGGUGAUUUGGCUAAAUUAGGGGAUGCUGACGUUACAGAGGUUUCGCUUGAACCUGCGGUUGAAGAAGAAGCUCCAAAGAAAGCUGCCUCGCCAUUUGGUGAUUCCAAGAAAGCUGCCUCGCCGUUUGGUGAUUCCAAGAAAGCUGCUUCGCCGUUUGGGGACUCUGGAAAGUCUGCUUCGCCGUUUGGCAGUUCAGGAAGAGCUCCCAGAAAGAGCAAAAUCGGGAAACUCCUUUCUGUACGUGGAAAAAUGGGUUUUGCAUUGGUUAACCUCGAUAAGCUCAAGAAAGAUAACCGUCUCAAGGUUCUGGUUCCUGGCGUUUCCAAGGAGUUAGACGCCACCGCCCACGUCCCUGAAUGGUGGCCAGAGGACAUUUAG